GUAUUGUCAUCACUAAAUUGAAUAUCGGAUGUAUCGAAAUCGUGCCAUUCCCUAACUAGAGCAAGCAACUGGGCUACAAGUACAUCGAUGUUUAUGGGAUAAUCGAAAUCCCAGCGUUAGCCGCCAGAAAAAGAAAAGAAACAGGUCAUGACCAGCGAUUCGAGCAGUUCCAGCGCCGAGGAGCACAGGCGCAAGCGCAAGCAUAAAAAACAAAGCAAGGACGCUGAUAAGAAGCAAAAGAAAUCCAAGAAGCACAAACAUGAAAAGCGUCACAAGGAAAAGAAACGUUGCAAGCGGGACGCUUCGCCAGAACAGAAGCAAGCGCUUCAAGAACUGCCAGCUAGACAGCUGCCGGUGACGAUUGAUGAUACAGAUGCAGAUGCAAAUGCUUAUAUGCCCGCGCUACCGCCAUACUUGGUUAAUCAGGAAAAACCUCAGAUGGAUGCUCGGCCACAACAAACACAGAUUAUUGGACCCGUAAUGCCCAGCCAGCUUGCAAUAAUUAACGAAGAUGCUCCGCACAAAAGCGAAGCCGCUGAUGAUGAUGAUGACGAUAUGACGGGCAUGUUUGGACCAAUACCAAAUGCCACACAAGUUGAGCUGGAGGAACGUGCGCUGGCUAUGAAGCUAGCUGCACUGGAGGGCGGCGGCUUGGGCAGCUCUGCAACGGAUCAAGAUGUGCGCGAAGAAUGGAUGUUGGAGCUGCCCGAAGUGGGUCUAAAGACUGGUUUGGCCGCUCUCAACAAUAUGAAGCGCACUUUCUACCAGGGCAAAGAGCGACCAGAUUUUAGUGAUCGCAGCUCUUGGACUAAGACGCCGCAGAGUGUGGCUGCUGGUCCGAAGCCCUGCAGCUCUAAAGAAUUGGAGCAAAAGGCGCAGGCUAACUACGAACGGCAACGUGAUGAGGAGCAGGAAUGCAUUGCCAAGAAACACAAAAAGAAGCACAAACGAGAUGAAUCCCUUGUCCAGCUGCAUCAGAAGAAACUGCGCAAGGAGCAGCGCGAACGGGAGAAGGAACUGGCUGCCAGCGGUUCUAAACCCGAGCGGCGACCCUUUAGUCGCGACGUGGAUCUGAAGCUAAACAAGAUUGACAAAAAUCAAACCAAACAAAUUGUGGAUAAGGCUAAGAUACUUAAUACAAAGUUUUCCAGCGGACAAGCCAAGUAUCUUUGAGCAAUAUAUAAAUUAGUAUAAAAUUACUUUAAUAUAGAUAUAUUGAAUGCAACUUUUAUCGUUGUGGCGG